AUGUUGCUCAUGGCGGGGAAAGCAGCGGCCCGGCCGGCGAGCCCUCCCCAGCGGCCGGACCCCCUUCGCCGCCAGCAGCACUUCCUACCGCCCCGAGCCGCCCGCCAUCCUGGGCGCCCCCAUGCAGCCCAAGGGAGGGAGGAGGAAAUGGCACAAGCCGGAAGAAAGAGCGAAGGAACGAGUCCUCGGCCAGAGGCUUUCCGAGAUUCACUGAGAAACACCGUGUCUGGGGAAAUGUACGCAGGCUUCUCCACACAUCUGUGGUCUCCCAGCGUUGCUCCCGCCCCAGGGCCGCUGAGGUCCCCUGCCUUCCCUGGGAGUGGUGGAAAUAAGGAUAAUAUCAGAGCUGGAUGCAAGAAGUGUGGCUACCCUGGUCAUCUGACAUUUGAAUGUCGAAACUUCCUCCGAGUAGAUCCUCAAAGAGAUAUUGUUUUGGAUGUUAGCAGCACUAGCAGUGAAGACAGUGAGGAAGAGGAACUACAGAGAUUACAAGCCAUGCGUGAAAAAAAGAAUUUAAAUGAAGAGGAAGAAAAAAAGAAACAAAAAAGAAAAAGCAAAGAGAAAACAAAAUUAAAAAGACCAAGGAAAAGGACCUGCAGAACUUGGAUGGAGACUGUCUCACUGGAAGUACUAUUAUUAAAGAAAAUGGAAUAGGAACAACAAUUUUGUGGUGAAAGUUGUUACCCUGCUUCCAUGGCUGUUCUUGUCCCAUUCCUUUGCUUCUUCAUAGUGUCCACGUAAGAAUGGGUGAGUCUCUUGAUUCUGUUUCUCCAAACCUGUGUGCUCUUCUACACUCUUACAUCUUAUCCCUCUUGCAUAAGUGAUAUGUGUAAGUAAUAAUGCAUAUCUACCAGUCUUUAAAUAAAACACUGAGAUUGUAGCACAACCAUUAAAUAAUCCUUGCUUUCCCCUUCAAAACUCUAAAAAGCAUGUCAUUUAAACAAAGCCAAAAAGCAAAAAAUCUCUCCACUGAACUAAGGGUUUAUUAUAUAUAAUAAAUAUAUUUAUUUAUUUAUAUGUGAUGUAGUUUGUAGCAUAAGCUAUUACUUUUAGGUACUAUUCUAAGGAAUUGUUAUCACAAAACACACACUGGAAAUACAAUAAUUAACAAUAUUAAUUUCUUACAUGAAACACAAGUAGUAUGCAUGCUUGAUUUUCCUGUAAGACUCACUUCUUGCUUUUUUUUGCAUGACUACACAGGUACCCAUCACUUUGGUUAGUGCUGGUAUCCUUCUGCCCUCACCUGUGUCAGGUGGGACUCACAAAUCUCAAUAACUGUUAUUUUUUCUUUAUGGUGUGCAAUAAAUAAAAUGUAUGAUAAUAACAAUUAGGAUAAAAGAAAGAUGUGUGCUCAAAUAUGUAUUUAUAUGUGCACCAGUCAGCCAGAACUCCUGGGAUUAUGGAAAGGCAGAGUAAUAGAAUAAAUGUUUAGGUAGCCAAAGACUUAGUAACUGCAAAACACUUGAUAAAAAUACUUAGGCAUGAUUCCUUGUGCCCUUUGCAAACUUUCUGAAUGCUGAACUGUUGAAUCAUUAUAUAUUCUCAACACUGGACUUUUGUAGUGUAUGUAUCUUAUAAAAAAAAAAUUACUGAAGAGCACUUACCUCAGUUUAUUUACUGCAUAACACAGCUGCAAAUAUUAUGGUUUUUGGCCCCACUGUGGCAGUUACAUCUCAAAGAAAUAACAGACUAUCUGGUUUUUCUAGUAGUGGUUCUAUAACAGCAGUAAUUUAUUCUAAAACACUGUAACCACGCAAGAAAUUUCUGUACAGGAAGAUUGAUACAUAUACAGCAAAUAAAGGAAUACUUUUUCAGCUGAAAAGAAAGGUAAGGAGAUAUGAGAAGAUAUGUGCUGUGAAAGGCAGUCAAAAGAUCUAGAGUUCAGACCUUCAAAUUUUUGUGUGGUGUUUCGUUAAGGGAAUAUCUUUCCUAGUAAGACAUCUUCUUCCUAAUGGCUGAAUUUCUCUUAGGAAAAGAACAUCAGCAUCAGCCCACUGCCUUAGUUUUAUCAGUUCAAUAGCUUGUUUGAUAAAUUCUGAUCAAGGUACCAAUACCCACAUUAUUUUUUAUAAGCCACAGGUGGCAGCGAAAAGUCUGCAUGUCAUUCUAUUGGAAUCUCUGCAGCCUCCUGAGUAAGAACAUGAAUUGGUGAAACCUCAUGGAAGGUUUAAAAAUUUAACAUACUAAUUGUAUGGAAGUAAGAGGGCUAGAGAAGUGAAAUACUACAUCCAAAUGGAAAAUAACUACCCACAGAAAUGAGCUUCAAGACACAACAAGAACACUAGACACACACACUUACGGGUUAAGCAAAGGUUAUAAGGGCAGUACUCUUUCUACUCAAGAAACUUUUUUUUAAUAUGGUCAUUCAGAUGAUUAAAUACCUGUGAAAAACUAAACAAGUGGAGAAAUAAAAAAACUGUUGUCCCAGAUUGAAAAGCAAGAUGUAUUCUAUUUUGUCAUCUGUAUAGCAGCUGUCUGGUGUUAAGUAGGCAGUUUUUCCUUAUCCCUUCCCCUUCUGGGAGACAUCUGCUGAUAAUGGACCAUUGGAUGUCACUGCCUGACUGACAAGAACUAUAACAUCCUGUGUGAGAUGUUCCACCCAGAGGGAGGAGCCAAGCAUUCCUACCUGCAUGUAGUCUUGAGAUUCUGGCCCACCAGCACAGCUUUUUCUGCAUUGGAUUUUCCCAGAGGAACAGCUGCCUCUUCCACUGCCUCUUCAGAGGAAGACUGCACCCUUUUCUACAGGAUCACUGCUCCAACAGAACCACACCUGACAGAACACCUCCUGACACUCCAGGAGGACUGUAGCCACAAUUCCAAUUGGACUGCUACCAACACCCUGUCCAGCACAGUGGCAGGGUGUAUUCUUACUCUGUCAGUGUUGUUUUGGUUUACUGCAUUGUUUGUUUUAUCUUUUUAUUUCUUCCCUAAUAAAGAACUGUUAUUCCUGCUUCCA